AGAAGGGGGCUGGAAAUAAUGGUAUUAGGGUUUGGGCUUUCUUCGGGGGGUUGCAGAGGACACGCGACGUGGAGCAGAGUGGCGGGCCUGGGGAGCAAAUGCCGGUUAAUUAGGCUAAGUAGCAAAGUGCAGAGUAAUCCCAUGUUACGAGAAGGAUUCCUCUUACUUUCCAAUGGGCUUUGUAUAAAGAAAUAUUGAUGUGGGAGGAAAAAGACUCAAACCAAUCUCCCCCCUUAGUCAGCUACAUCUCUUGAUUUUUUUUUUUUUCUUCUUCCCUCCCUUAAAACUCUUCUUCAACAUACCGGGCUAAGGCUUUAAAAAGCCAAGGCUCGCUCUAAGAAACCCUGUUCCUUCAAUGAUUCCCUAUUUCAAAUAAAAGGAUUUAAGUUGACGUAUGACCACGUGAGCACAUAAUACAGCGCAUUAUUGUGGCAUUUGGAGUGGAGACCCGGUCUGGCUCCGUCUGCGAUUACGCUUUUCCAGUUUCUGUUCAGAGCAAGCACUGCUUUCUAUUAUUUUUUUUUUUCCUGCCCCCAUCACCGUCCCCGCAAGAGCUGGCCAUUUCGCUGACAGCUUUCGUUCCUUAUGGAAAGAUUAUUGUCGAGCCGAGAGGACGAAAUGCUUCGUUAGAAAGGAUGGAUUUUAUUUUAAGGUCUGCCCGGAGAGGCCAUUGGAGGAAGAGUGCCACGUGACAGAGGGGUGCCAAUGUUAUUCUCCAAGGGUGUCAAGACCCUGUCAGUUUGCGAAAUAAAUAUUGGGAAACAACGAAAUGCAAAAAGCGACCUACUACGACAGCUCUGCAAUCUAUGGUGCCUACCCCUACCAAGGAGCAAAUGGUUUCACUUAUAAUGCGAGUCAGCAGCAAUAUCCUCCGUCUUCGUCACUUGUGGAAACUGAGUACCACCGCCCCGCGUGCUCCCUCCAGUCCCCUGGCAGCUCCGUGUCCCACCACAAGGCCAAUGACAUCAGUGAGAGUUGCAUGAGGACCCUCCCCAGCCAACCUCUCCAGCCCCCCGGCCUCGCGGACCCGCAGGCCCCACCGCAGCCGCCUCCGGCCCAGCAGGCACAGCCUCCUCCACCUCCGUCCUCCGCCUCGCCAUCUCAAAAUGCCAGCAGCAACACUGCCCCGGCCAACCCCACCAAGAGCCCGGCUCUUAACUCGCCCACCAUGUCCAAACAGAUAUUCCCGUGGAUGAAAGAGUCUCGGCAAAACACAAAGCAGAAAAACAGCAGUUCCAGUUCAGGUGAGAGUUGUGCUGGUGAUAAAAGCCCUCCAGGGCAAGCCUCCUCUAAGCGAGCCCGUACAGCUUACACAAGUGCCCAGCUGGUAGAACUGGAAAAGGAGUUCCACUUCAAUAGAUACCUUUGCAGGCCACGAAGGGUAGAGAUGGCCAAUUUGCUCAAUCUCACAGAAAGACAGAUCAAAAUCUGGUUUCAGAACCGCAGGAUGAAAUACAAAAAGGAUCAAAAGGGCAAGGGCAUGAUGACCUCUUCAGGAGGACAGUCCCCAAGCAGAAGCCCUGUCCCUCCAGCCGCGGGGGGAUAUCUAAACUCUAUGCAUUCUUUAGUAAACAGUGUCCCCUACGAGCCCCAGUCGCCUCCGCCAUUUAACAAGCCUCAUCAAAACACCUAUGGCAUCCCUGCAUCGUAUACUGCUCCUAUUAAUAAUUGCCCACCUCCUCAAAAGAGAUACACGGGGACAGCAGCUGUGACACCUGAAUACGAUACUCAUCCUCUUCAAGGCAACGGUUAUGGGAAUCCACAUAUACAGGGAAGCCCCGUCUACGUAGGGGGCAACUACGUGGAGACCAUGACCAAUUCUGGGCCUUCCAUCUUUGGUCUAACUCAUCUCCCUCAUCCUCCCUCUGCCAACAUGGACUACAGCGGGGCUGGGCCAAUGGGCAACAAUCACCACCACGGACCUUGCGAUCCGCACCCGACAUACACAGACCUUACCGCUCACCAUCCUUCUCAGGGAAGAAUUCAGGAAGCGCCCAAACUCACCCAUCUGUAAGAGACAGGAGUCACUAAGUGGAACACGAAGCCCCCAACUUUUUAGAAGUACUCACCCCUUCCUCUCUCUUUCUCCUCCCUGCCAUGUGCCCUCCCCUCUCUUUCUUCUUUCUUUUGUUCGUUUUAGUUUGUUUUGUUUCCUUUGGUAAGAGCGUUUUCUAGUUUAUGUGACGUAGCAAUAUUUGUUGCUUGAAUUGCUCUAUAGUUUCACUAGUGGAUAUUUAUCUUCUUGAACUGUAGCCUUGUGUCUCACUUUGGGAGUAUACAUAGGCUUUAUACUUUACCUUCUACACUUUUAUCAAAACAGGGUAUAUGAACAAAUUUUCUAUAAAAGGAAUUCUUAAAUGUGAAUUUGUUCGUACAUGAUUGAUCCCACGGGGAAGCAAUUUUUUUUAUUGCACUUCUUUUAAAUAGCGAGAAAGACAUCAAAAGCGCUUGGACAGGGACUCCCUGGACAAUUAUUAAUACGUGUAAGUCUUUCAAUGUGUGUAUGCUGGUGAACAUUCAGAUUUAUUUAUAUUUUUUUUUGCAAACAUUGAAUAAUCUAAGUGUUUAAAAUUUUAUUUAUCCCCAUUUGUUCAUAUUUAUAUAUAUAUAAAAAAUCUGUACCCUGAAUAUUCAGGAGGUAUUUACCUGGCCAUACAUUAGAUGGCAUAUCGGCACGCGUAGGAAAUAUCAUUUGAAAGGAAACUAUAACUCCUUUAUUCAAAAUGAUGAUAACGAUGAUGAUGACGAUGCAAUAAAAUCUGGGAAAAAAAAAAAAAAAGAUCACAGUUUGAAUAAUUUAUGCUUGUAACAUCCAGCUAGGCGGAAAGCGUGUAAAGCUGAAAAGGCUAGAUUUGUUUUGAAAGUUAUACAUUCCUUGCUGCUCACGUUCUGAAAAAAAAUAAAGUUUUUAUUCUGAAUAA